ACCACAAGUGGGAUUUUGGUGGCGCUGUUUCCCCCCUUUCUUUACAGUAAGGAGACGUUAUCUCUGUGAGUGACAGACAGAACAACAGCAGCAGUAAACAGAGAGCAGUGGGCUUUUUCCAUUUCGCGGUGUUUUUUAUCACAGUAAACAAAGAGUCAUACUCGUCAAACGAGAUAAUGAAGAAGUCCUUCAGCUUCUUCCCAGGAAGGAUGACAGUGUCCUUCAGGAAGGGUCCAUCUGGCCAUCUGCGGCAGGACCCCUCAGAUGAGGCCAUGAGAAUUAAAAAAAACCCUUCUCUUCAGGACAAGUCUCCCCCUCAGAGACAUGACCUUGUGAGGUCUAAUGCUCUCACUGCGGUCCUUCAGCGGGGGGGUGAUGUGUCGGACCGACAGGAGGUGAUGGGGGAGUACAUGCUGCAGUUUGGAAAAUACAAGGGGAAACCAUACAGGUGGCUCCUUGAAAAUGAUGUCGGCUACACCAUCUACCUCAUCAAUAAGGUAGAAGAGGAGGAGAGAGCUGGGACCUUCAACCCCCAAGGGAACAGCAAGGACAGCCUGCUGUCAUUCCUGGACUAUGCCAGGAGCUUCCAGGAAAUUGAGGACCUGAGGGAGUACCUUCUCUCCAGGAAGCCUGCGCCACCAGUCUCAUCAGAGGGGGACAAUGUAGUUGGCUUUGGAGCCAGGGCCAAGCACACCUGGAGGCAGAUCUGGGAGAGCAGGGAGGACGGUUACGCUGCCUUUAUUGUCGGAGUAAAGUGUGUUAAAAACAGCAAGAUGUACAACCUGCAGCAGUACCUCCUCCAGCAGCAGAGGGCUGAGUCCUGUCCACCGCCUGCAGAAGUCUCCUCUACAUCGGCUGCUUCCACACACACAUCUAGAUCUCUUGUGAUGGAGGAGGAUGAGGAGCUGGAGAGAGCGAUGUUAAACCUGCCUCCAUCUGAAUUUGACAUUGAAUUCAAGCCACCAGCAGAAGUCUCCAGUGCCCCAGCUGUAUCUCUAUCAACAGGAAUUAACAUGUCAGCGAUGAUGCUCACAGGACAAAGCCAACAGCUACAGCUACUGUUUCCAGACCUGCUGAGCCUAGUGACCCCCCUGUGAAAGCUACAGUGAAGACCCCACUGCCAGUCCCUCCUCAGCUGCUUGCCAUUGCUCCACAACUAGAAGAGCAGACGCCCAAAGUGUUUAGACAAACACAUGAAAAGCCAGUCUCCCACAGUUCAUCUUCUGGGCCUGGGAUAACAGCAGCUCCAUGUCUUCCUGAAGAUUCAUCAUUACAGAAUAUUGCCCCUGUGGAAGCACAAAUAGACACUGUCCUUGAUGAAG